CUUCUUCAUACGCAUCCAGCCCAUCCCUGAAUACCAAAUCCUUAAUAGUCGAAACCAUACCUCCCCUAUACUUCCCACAUCCAUUACCAUUACCCCCCCCCAAUCCAAAACAUCAAAUCCUCAACCAUGACAACCACCUACCUCUCCACCCACUUCCCCACCUUCCACCCAAACCCAUCCGCCCCCACCAAAGACGAAUUCACCCGUCUAGCCCAGCACAUGCAUUGGACUCCCAACUCCAAGAAAUACCAACGCGAAUGGGCAGCCUUCACGGGAAAUGAAUUCCACCACCACUUCGGUACGCAAAGCAAGCUAGAGAAUUGGCAGGCUUUAUGCAAGGAAUUAAAUCUGGAUGGUCCGAUUGCGUCGAUGACUCAAUGUCGGAAGGCCCUGGCAAAGGUUCAUGUCAACUUGGUUGAUUUGAUUGACUCGCGGCGUGCGGGGACUCCGGUUCAUAAAUUCCAGAAUGUGAGGGCGUUGAGAAGAUAUACGAGGGAGUCCGGGAAGGUUUUUCCAAAGGAGGCGGCGAAGAGGGAGGGGGGGUUGAGGGGUUUGUUGAGGGGGAUUUGGUAG